AUGCCGGUCACCGUGAGCACCACUUCCAGUGUGCCGACUGGCAUCGGCCACACCACGUCCCGCGUCGAAGUGAGCGUCGAGCCGGACAUCACCGCAGCUCCCACCACCCCACAGACCGUCUCUUCCGACGUCACCAACAACCGCGAAGCCGUCGUGCAGCAGAGUAUCCACGAGGCACUCCCGAAGCUCCUUGCGCAGGCGUGUGAGGCUGCGGCCACGGUCACGGGGUCAGAGAGCACGGGAACAUUCACUGAUUACUAUCGCGAUCGCCACUCCCGCUCCUACCCGGCCCCACCCAUCCUCAAGCCGGAAGACUGCGUCAAGAUCAGCUUCUUGGUCCACGGAACUUCCCACGAAGCGGUGGUGUCCAAGGACUUGAAGAUCCAGCAGCUCGUGGACCACUACCUUGCCGAGCAAGACUUCGAGUGGGAGCUGCGCUUCAACAACCGCGUGCUCAAGCCUUCGGACUCCGUCGGCAGUCUCGAGAUGGCUCAUGGGGACGUGCUGAAGAUGGAGACGUGGGCAAAGGAUGGGGAGCACUGA